CCACCGGGACUCUGGGGAAAGGAGCAGGUUUCUGGAGGGCUCAAGCAUGUGCAGCCCUUGGGUUGUGUUAGCCUUUUGCUGCUUAGGACAGCUGUAUGCAGAUCAAGGCCUGAAGCCUCAGAUUGCAGCCCCUCAGCUUGCUACAAACAAUCCCACUCUUACUACAGUUGCUCUAGAAAAACCUUUCUGCAUGUUUGACAGCUCACUGCAUCCAAAUAAAUCUUACGUCGUCUACUUGUACGUAAUGAAGGAAUCAGCGAAUGCAAUAAGCUCCCUGGUGACUGACAACAAUGGCAAACCACUCAACAGCACGUUCCAACAGACAAGCGGGGGACAGACUGGACCUUACAAAGCUGCCUUGUUCAAUGUGCCCAACUGUGCAUCACCUCCCAAGCUUGCUGAUGUAGGAGAUGUCAACAGAGCUUCUGAUGUCCUGAAACAAUACCUCUUCAGAGUUGGGGAUGAUGGGACUUGUUUGUAUGACCCCAACUUCCUAGCUGUCUGUAACCCACCUCUUUCACCAGACACAACAUACAGGUUUAAAUAUGUUUUGGUAGACAGCACUGAAGGCAUCAUGAAAGAACAAACACUCUGGUCUGAUCCAAUUAAAACCAGAAGAGUUAAACUUCCCUUGAAAAUCGAUACUUGGCCUGGUCAAAGGAGCGGAGGCAUGAUUGUCAUUACAUCAGUCCUCAGUGUCCUUGUGUUCCUUCUGCUUGCUGGCUUUCUUGCUUCUGUGUCCUCUGUUGUCAUGAGACCAGAAGAUUCUUCUGCAGUGACAAAGCACACAUCUCAGACUAUCCAACAAAGUGAACUGACACCACAGCUAAUCUCUGAGUGAAUAAUUUGAUUCAAGUCAAGGGUGGAAAUGCAACUGAAUUGCUACAUGUGCAUGACCUACAGGACUGUCUCUUCUACUCAACGCUAGUCCAAAAUAAGCUACUGUAUACAAGCAGGCAACUGAAGAGGAAUGGCACAAAUGAAAUAAGGACAACUUUUUUGAAGUUUUGCAGUACAUGAUAUCCUGUCUUGUCCUAAUGAGACCUGAUUUAGUUAAUUGCCUUUGUAUAGCAAAAAUCAAAUGCAUGGGCUGAAGAAAGAAUCUUCAUGAGAUACUUCAGUUUCAGUGAGGUGAUCAGAAGUUGUGUAGUUUUGUCGAGGGUUUAGAUUGUGGGGUGACAAUAAAACCCUGGCAGAUGUAUUGUUAACCUCCUCUCCCCCCCCACUUCCCCCUUUUGCCCCUCCCUCUCCCCCCUUCCCACUAAGGACAGGUGAUCGGGAGGGAAAGAAGGACAGAGAGAAGAGAGUAGGAAAAAUUAAAGAUGUUUUACUAAUGCUACUAAUAAGAAUAGAGAAAAUAAUACAAAAUAUACAAAACCAAUCUUGAAAGUCUCAGCAACUGCAGAGCCGGCAAACAAAGUCCUGGAUUGGACUCUGCAGCCAACCGGAGCUGGAUUCAGUCUGUCACUAGGCCUCAGUUUGCAUGGACGACUAGCAAGGUCCUCUCCUAAUGUCAGCCAUGAGGGAAAAGGGACAAGGGACGAGAUCCUCGUGAUCUCCCACUUUUAUAUGAAGUAUUCACGUGAAUGGAAUGUUAUACACAGUUGGUCAGUUUCUUGGUCACCAGUUUCUCAUUGCCCCUCUCGCGAGAUGUGAAUCUGUCCUUAUCAAUAAGUUUGCAUUCCAUUGCUAUGUUUACCAAAACAUGUGUCUGGUUCUUCAGGAAAAAUGCAGCUAAUAUGAAGGCUUUAGCUGGCAGGCAAAAUUCACUAAAAGAGAAAACCAGGACAAAACCAGGACAAGUCUAUACAUCUCAUCUGGAGCAAGCAUUACUGCAGACCUCUGAUCUGCUUCUCAUGAUCAGAUGAACAUGAUAUAGCCAUUUGUGUCUCAACCUUUCUCUAUAGUAACUGAUGAAGAACUAAAGAAAACCAGGCUGCUUUAGAAAAGUAUGUUCUUUGAGAAAACUAGGGAUUAAAACGUAGACAACUGUUUCAUAGCAAGUAAAGGGGAGACACUACUUGAGUGAGAAACGAGUAUAUCCACUGUUGCCAGGCUUAGCCUUAUUUCUGACCUUUACCCUAGGCAGCAGCAAGCCAGCACUCUUCACUUUUUAGUAUCUAGGUUGAUGAAGUUUCCUAGCUAAUUCUCUUCCUUCAUUUCAUGACCUUGGUGAUUAGACAUAAAUCUUUGCCCCAGGUUUGAGUGAUGUACUGCUUUUUUCCAUUGAUGCCAACUUCCAUAUAUUUCAUGUCUACAAGAGACUUGAUGAAAAUCCAAGUUCGAAGCCCUACUGCAUAUCUCUUGAGUGUGUAGAAGUAACCGCCCUAUUGUAGUGAGCACUUACUUGUGAUAAGCACAAAAAUGGCACUGGUUGUUAUUGGUGUUUUCCUAGUUUAUCUUUAAAUUUGUUAAAUGGUCUUGCACAAAUAAAUGAGGAUUCUGUUUUGACACAGGUAGUUCACUAUCACUGUUGUGACUGGAUCAUCUUUCACUGAUAAUUAUUUCAGGGAGUGGGACUUUGUCUCUUCAGAUUAUGAAAAUUAAAAGUUUUGAGUAAAGUCAAACAUUGUCAGGAUGGGUGUUAAGAUUAUACUUCAGGACUUGGGCCCAAGCAAUUUGUACAUCUGUAGAUGAGCUCCCGAUAUUUGGGUAUUCUAACUACAACAUGUAAAAGCUUGCCUGCUCCUUCUUGGUUUCAGCUACGCAAACACACUGUCAGGGAUAAGAGAGAAAACACAUUAAAGAAGAGAUGGAUGCUGUGCUUUCUGUUGAGAAAUGAAUGCUGAAGUACCUGGAUAUUUUUCUGGUGUUGGUUGGUUUGGGUUUGUUGUUUUUGUUUAUUUGUUUUAGUUGUGGGUUUGUUUUGUUUAGUUGGUUUUUUUUGUUUGUUUGGGGGGUUUUGCUAUUGGUGCCUUCCCUGUGAUUUUCUGCACAUGGGCUACUCCAAACACCAUUCUGAGUUUUCUCAUUUACGCAUUGGUUACUAACUUGAAAGCAAUGCGUAUCUGAAGAAAAAAGGAGUACAAAUUGUACGUGUGCAAUGCUGAACAUUGGAGUACAUGGGAGAUCAUUGGAGUGUUUGCCCCCAUUAUAAAGCCAAACUAUAAGAGUACUUCAUUGCUACAGCUAUAACUUCUUGCUUUGAACCUAGUGGAAAAACAAGCUAUGAAACAGGAGGAUCAGUAAAAUAAGUAAAGCCAAAAAAGUAUCCUUUCAACUGCAGACAGUCAAUACAUUAUAUUGGAUGCUGUAUUAGUUAGUUCUAUUACUGGAAUAAAUUCUCCUUCAUUUUGUUUAAAUGAAUUGCUUGAGCCUGUAUGUCAGUAUGUACAGCUAUCAUUUAAAAUACAGCACUAGAAUAAUCCAA